UCCUUCUUCACGUAAAACGGAUUACAGAGUCCCACCCCAGUUGUGGGUACUAACAAAAUUUGCAACUACCAAAACAAAUGAAUCGCUAUACAUUUUUUUCUAUCUUUUCACAUUUCAUUCAUAAUUUAUUCGGAACAUUUAUGGCAAUUUUUAGUUCAAUGGGAAUUUUUGUAGCCUUCAAAGUCCUAUUUGACCGAACUAUGGCAGUUAUAAACAACACUUUAAUGGUUGACUUGGAGAGAAUAAACCUUUAGUUAGUUUGAGUUUUUCGCCUAGUAAUUUAUUUUACCGUCGCGUUGGACGAACCAGAACGACAUUUUCCGUUUUAAAAAGUAACAUUUCGAUAACACCUGAUACCGGGUCGGCGCAGUUGCGUGGAUCGUCAGUGAUAACAAUUUUUGCGUGCCAUGAAACCAUUCGUUGUCCUCUUCGUUAUCUCCUGGGGCAUUUUUACUUGUCUCGCUGGAAAACAACAACAGCCCCACAUCGUGGUGAUACUAGCCGACGACGUCGGUUGGAACGAUUUUGGCUACCACGGGUCCAAUCAGAUCCCCACCCCCAACAUUGACGCGCUAGGCUAUAACGGGGUGAUUUUAAAUCGUUUUUACACGCAACAAACAUGCACCCCGUCGAGAGCGGCUCUAUUAACUGGAAACUAUCCUAUUCGAUCAGGUAUGCAAGGUUACCCCAUGAGAUGCGGCGAAAACCGAUACAUCCCGGCCGACAUGGCAACCCUGCCGCAAAAACUCAAAGAGCUGGGCUACAACACCCAUCUGGUGGGCAAGUGGCACUUGGGUGCCGCGACGAGCUCCGUAACUCCCACGGGCAAGGGUUUCGAUACCCACUUUGGCUACUAUAACGGCUUCGUGGGGUAUUUUGAUUAUGUAAUAUCGCAAGAUAUGUCCGCGUACAACCUGAGCGACUACGUAGGAUUCGACCUGCACGACAGUUUCAAGCCGCAGUGGGCCCUACAAGGAAGGUACGCGACGGAACUAUUCACCGAGAAGACGAUCGAUAUCAUAGACAAACACGACCAAGAGGCGCCGCUGUUUCUGAUGUUGGCGCACCUCGCCGCGCAUACGGGGGCGAACGGUACAGAACUCGGGGUGCCGAACAUUACAGAAACCAACGAGAAGUACGAUUACAUAGAAAAUCCGAUGCGGAAACGCUACGCAGAUGUUAUGAACAUUAUGGAUAAGUCAGUUGGCGAAAUUGUUAAAAAGUUAAACGAAAAGAACAUGCUCGAAAACGCGGUAAUAUUAUUCUUUUCUGAUAAUGGCGCACAAACUAUCGGGAUGUACGAAAACUACGGUUCUAAUUGGCCGUUACGAGGGCUAAAAUUUUCACUGCAUGAAGGAGGUGUUAGGGGUUCGGGGGUACUAUACAGCCCCCUACUGAGUAAGAAACGCUACAUCAACAACCAACUCAUACAUAUAAGCGACUGGUUGCCAACGUUUUACCACAUUGCGGGAGGUAACAUAUCAGACUUGGGCAAACUGGAUGGGGUGAAUCAGUGGACGACCAUUUCGGAAGAUCAACGGGGCAGCAGAAACGAAAUUUUGGUUAAUAUAGAUGAAGAACUGAAUUACUCUGGUCUGAUAGGCUACAAAGGGCGAUAUAAGCUUCUGAAUGGAACUUUUCAGGGUGGUAUUUAUGACGGGUAUUAUGGAGAAAGUGGUAGAGAUACCUCCAACCCAUCAUAUGAUUUAGACAUGAUUCUUGAAAGCGACGUGAAUAAAGCUAUACAAAGCAUAUCCAACCAAAGGCAACUAACCAAGCGUCGUAUUAAUUAUAUCCGCGAGCAAUUAGAUAUCAGUUGGUGCAGGAAUCAACAGAUACCUGAGGAUCUAGUGUGCUCUGGCUUUUGCCUGUUUGACAUUCGAAAUGAUCCUUGCGAAACUAGGAACAUAAUUGACCAACAUCAAAAAAUAGCAGAAAGACUCAAGAAGAGAUUGUCAGAGUUUUAUGAUAACUUGGUUCCCCAGACCAACAAACCAGUGGAUCUAGCAUCAGACCCAAAGCUAUUUAAUAACACUUGGUGUACUUGGUUAGAACCGGAGCUUUGCUCAAAAGCUGAAUAAAUUAAAAUUGUAUUAAUAA